AUGGCGCCGAUCCGCAUCCCGUCCGGGAGCUACACCUCUCCAGCCGUCACAGCGGGCGCCUCCACAGCGCCCCCCUCCUCGGGCUGGGACUACAUCCUGAAGUUCAUCCUGAUCGGCGACUCUUCCGUUGGCAAGUCGUCCCUCCUCGUUCGACUCACCGAUGAUCGCUUCCUUACCGACCCAGACCCCACGAUCGGGGUGGAGUUCGGCUCGCACCUCAUUCGGCUGGACAACGGCGAAACGGUAAAAGUCCAGGUAUGGGACACGGCGGGCUCCGAAUCUUUCCGCAGCAUCACCCGCAGCUACUACCGCGGUGCAGCAGGUGCGCUGUUGGUAUACGACGUUACCCACCGCGCCAGCUUUGUGAAUGUCAAAGGCUGGCUAGACGACGUACGCAGCCACGCGGAGGAGAAGGUGAGCGUCGUCCUCGUCGGCAACAUGCAUGAUCUCGUCGCCGACGCAGACAACGACGAGGAGGACGAGGACGAGGCCAGAAGGCGCAGGAGGAGGAGCAAGGGCAAGAAGAGGGAGGUGAGCACCCAAGAGGCACAGGAGUUCGCCGAGAAAGAAGGACUGUUGUUCCUCGAAGCGAGCGCUAAGACGGGCUACAACGUCGUCGAGGCGUUCACUAGGGCGGCGAGAGAUGUGCAUAGCAAGUUCGAGCAGGAGGGUGGUGAAGAGGUGGGGAGGGGGAGGGAUACAGGGACGCUGGGGAGGAGCAAGGCGAGGGCAAAGGCGGGUGGGAGGAGCGGUGGCACGGUCAGUCUGGACGGUGGAGCAGGCGCACAGGGUGGAGGGAGGAAUGUUAGCGGGUUUUCGAUCAGGAGUCUCACGGGUGGUGGUGCGGCGACGACGGACGGAGAAGGAGAGCGGGGGAGGGCCGCGGCUGAGUGCUGUGUCAUCUGCUAG